UAAACCCGACAACUAAGAUGGCGUCCGUCAGUAGGCACGCGUUGUGUUUUACCUGAGCAAGUGCGUACACGCAACGUCUUUGAAACAAACAGGAUAUAAUGAAUUUUAGGAUCUUUUUCUAGGAUGGAUCGUAAGAAGAAAGGUAAAUCUAAGAUAGUUCCAUCUGAAGAGUCUGACAGUCUGCAAGGCCUCAGUAACCCAGGCUUUGAAAUGUCCAGCAAGGGAGGAGCCAAUAACCUCAGUACCUCAGCCAAAUUCCGAGAACUUUCCCGAGAGGUGACAGAGAAAUCUAAUGCCCUCCACGUGAUCAGCAAUGUCAAGCAAGCGGCCUCAAAGUGGAGUAACUAUAUAGCUAGGAAAAGAAUUCGCAAGCCAAACAACCCAAAUGAUACCAUAGAGAUUGAACACGGUGAACUCCCUAAGAGAAAACUUGUCAAAUCCCAGAGACCUCAGGGGGAUGAGGAUGAGACUGAAAAACCAAAGACUAGCGGCAUCGGUCUGGAUGACAUCCACAACGAAUAUGCAACGCCUGGGUCCGAGACGAUACGCAGUGUCAGCAAAGGUCACAAGGAGCAGAUGAUGUCAAUUGCCAGCAAUAGGGCCUUGAUUCAGUAUUUCGCUAAGUUGGGUCAGUCACAAGAAGACGAGAUGCUGAACUUGGACUUUGUGGACCACCUCCUGAAGAGUGGUGCAGACAUCAACUGUUGUGACAAGUUCGGGCAGACCAUAUUACAUGAGGUUGCCCGCCACUGGCAUUGUGAUGUAGCAAGAUUCCUGUUGGAGCAUGGAGCCAAUGUUAACCAGCAGGACAAAUAUGGCCGCAGUCCCCUGCAUGUUGCUGCUGCAGUUGACUACCCCCAGAUGGCCAAUCUUCUCAUAGACAGGGGAGCCGAGAAGGAGGCACGCACAGUCACGGAGGACCAAACGCCAGUUCACUAUGCAGCCAAGAAUGAUGCUGUCAACUCCAUGAAGGCUCUUAUCAAAAAUGGCUGCCUGUACAAGAUGGUCAAGGACUACAAGGGGAGGACACCUAUACAUGUUGCAGCAGAGCUAGAUCGCAGUGAGUCGGCGCGGGUGCUGCUGGAACUGAGCGCUCCAGUUGGGGUCAGUGACAACAAGGGGCAGAAGGCCAUCACGUGGAUGAUCACCAAGAUGGCACCUGUGGCGAGUGAAGCACUGAAACAGUUCCGCACAACAGACAGGCCAAACAGGAAGCAGUAUUAUUACCUGAACCUACUGGUCCAAGACAGAAGAAAUGAACUGGAUCCAGGUGGCCACACACAGACACCUCUGCAGGUGAUGGUGCAGUACUCCCAGUUCCACCUUGUCAUGCAGGAGAGCGUCAACCGACUCAUCCUCGUCAUGUGGAAUAAAUUCGGAGCGAGAGGUGCAUGGAUCAAUUUACUAAUUAACUUUGCAUACAUAUGCCUUUGGUCAGCCAUCGGUAUUCUGGUGGAGUAUGAUCAAAGACAUAAGUAUAUUUGGCCUGACCAGUGGUGGAGAAUUGUCCUUCUGCUGACAGCCAUAGGGUUUACAGUGUGGCAGGUGUUUGAAGAAGUGAGGGAAUUCUCCAGAUCUAAAAGAGCACACUCGAACUGGGUAAAAUGGCGCACCAAGGAGAUUGAGCAGGAUAUGGAGUUUUGUCAUCCAAGAUGGCCAGAGGAAAAACAGUUCCUAAAGUCAGAACUUACGGCCCUUGACAAACUCAAUCCCAAAUACUUCAACGAUGCAUGGAACAUAUUUGACUGGACAUGUUAUUUCUUCCUGCUGUUGUCCAUCACAACCCACUUUGCCGACAUCGCCAUCCACAGCAACCUGCUGGCUCGAUGGCACAUCCGCAUCAUGUGCGUCACCAUCAUCCUCCUCUGGCUGCGACUCAUGAAGAACGCCAGGGCGUUCUCUACGCUGGGUCCAUUUGUUGUGAUGCUGGGCAAGAUGAUCGGUGACUUGCUGAAAUUCUGCUUCCUGUACCUGGAGUUCUACAUACCCUAUGCGUGUGCCUUCUGGAUGAUCUUUGGUGGGGACAAGCAAAAGGAAUCUGAUGGGACACUGGUUGAGGUUGACGGCUUCGGCUACCCCACCGCUAUGAUGUUCACCCUGUUCCGUCUCACCCUUGUGGAUGAGUAUGAUUAUGCUAACAUGAAGCUUGUUGAUUCCUUGAUGGCGGACCUGUUGGUGGGGACAUGGUUGGCGCUGUCUGCAAUCCUGUGCCUCAAUCUCCUUAUUGCCCUGCUGUCGGACACCUUCCAGAGAGUGUAUGACAAUGCACAGGCUAAUGCAGUCAUGCAGAGGGCCAUCACCAUCCUCAACAUCUGGGAAGGGAUGUCCAAGAAGCGCCGCCUCAAAUUCCUCACCUUCAUAGAAAAUGAAUGCUCGCCCCAGUCCGACUACUAUGAUGAUGAUCUCACCCAAGCAGGAGAGGAGGAUCUCAAGAAAGUCACCAUACAGAUCAAGGAACAACUUGAUGACCUCCAAGAGCAGUGGAAAACAAAGUUUGGAGGUUUUGAAACUUCAGGAAUGUUUGAGGAGAGUGGUGUAACCACCACCAACAUCAGUGGCAGUAUUGUCACCAAUGACAGGUUUGACCAUGAGAUCCACAUCCUCCGUGACAGCGUGAACCAACUGAAGCUGAAGCAGGAGGAGAUUGCAGACCGUUCCCGCCGUGACAUGAAGGCCGUCAAGAUCCUGCUGCAGCAGCUGCUGAGACAAGAUGGGGGAGGGGACGGAGAUGGUGGAGGUUUCACUGAGCUGGAGAUUCGGGACAGCAGGAUGUCAGGGGAGUUUGGAGGAGAGGAGGCCCAGCCUGGCACCAGUGUCCGCAAGAUGAAGAAGAGGAAGAAGGCCCCCAAGGGCCCCUACCAGCACGAGGACCUGCUGGUGCCCCUGGAGGACCAGGCCGCUGCCGAUCCCAGGAGGAUAAGGAUUGGUGGGCAGAGAGCAGAUAUCUCCACAAUCAGCUUCCCGGAUUCCGAGACGGCCGAGCAUGAGACUGAUCUCACAGAAUGUUAAAGGGGAGACAACUCUGAACCAAACACUGAAGAAACGAUUAAGUUCAUGAAUGGAUUGUUGCUGUUACUGGGAUAUGGUUAAAGCAUUUUACAUACAUCAUAGUUUUUUGGGAUGAACCCUUUUUCAAACAUAUGUUUGAUUUGUUUAAAUUAAGUCAUAUUUGAAAUUCGUAAUUGUAACAUUGCUCAAACAGCGUUAUACCAUUGUCUUGUUAUUUGGCCAAAUUAUGUUUUACAUGUGAAUCAUAUUGUUUUGAUGUUUAUCAUUUUGCUGUACGUUACAUAUUAAGCUAUUUUCUACUACAGAAAUUUCAAGAAAAUUGCAUUUGUAAUACUUUAACUUUUUUUUAUGAACCUGACUUCAUGUAAUAACAAGUGGUGUGUUACAAUUUAAGAUGCCAUAGUGUUAGGCGUGUGUUCAUCUGAAGGUACUUUCAUGCACUGUUUACUUUUAUAGUGUAUGAUUACACUAAACCACACUAUGUUUAACUUUUAGUUCUUAUUUAACCAUGUUAUUUAUUUUUAUUAUAUUGCAGCAGGAAUUCAGUUUCCGUAAAAUGUUAUCAUUGUUUGCUAGCCACAUGUUCUUAACAUUUUGUCACUCGUCUUGUCUUCCUUACGUUUAUUGUUUCACCUGUAAUCUGUUGGUCGUUGUAAUGAUUUAAAACCUUGAGGAAUACACACACACAUGUAUGUUGCUGCCAUGCUUGCUUCUUCCUUAUAGAAACAGAAUGAGUUUUGAAUGAAAUUCUGCAAAAGAAAAGAUGAAAAAAAGGAAGAUGCUGUAGAAUAUUACUUUACAAAUGAUGUUUUGUUUUCAGGCGUUAUAGUCAUUUGAUGAGAUACAUCAAGUGAAUGCAUCUUCUGGAUAACCUUAUGCUUUUAGAAAAUAUUUUACCUCCACUCUAGUUUUUGAAUAAGCUCUACAACCCGACCUUGGAAGCAGUGUUUGAAAUAAGCAUCUGCCCCUAGGCCCGUGGCAUGUAGAGCUCAAGUCGGGCCCGUAGUUUCAAAUUUGUAAGUGUCCUUAUGGCCUGCUGUAACAUUUUGUGUUGAUUUAUUUGUCACAAUUAACAAAACGUUUUUUUUAAAUGAGGGCCUGAAGAGUUUCGUCAGGGCCUGCAGCUUCUAAAGUGUGUAGGUCGUGAUGGCGGCCUGGCAAUUUGUUUAUUUCACUGCUUGGAAGUGGUUUCCGAUGUACUUAAGACGAAAGAGAUGAUCGGACAUGUACUACGUGUGAAUGUGAUGCUGUGUUACUGUGACACUACUAAAGUGCUAUUUGUUGCUCUGCUUCACAGCACAACCCUGACAAAGUCCUGACCUUGUUAAUCUGUAUCUGUGGAGAUGUGACAUUGUCUGGAGACAUGAGUUCCCCGUGUUGAUUGUAUAAUGGUUCUGACAUAAGGACACAGUGGGUCACCCGACUUAUACAGAAUACAUUGACCUUUCUUGAAGUCAUCUGCAAUGUAAGGAUUCUCUUGGAACAAAUUGAUAUUUAGCAUGACUUUAACAUUGUGUUAAUCAGUGCUGUAUAUUUUGUGCUCCUGAACACAUUGGUUCUAGCAUAUUUGUGUAUUGAUAUGAGACAAGAAUUAUUUGUUUGUUUACAACAUGGACAAAUCUAUCUCACUGACUUGAUCCAUCAAUAAUGGGAUGUACAAUUCUCACUAAAAUGUAUUUCUUAGAAUAUCUGCUCAGAUGAUAAGGCAUGGCGACUCAAUGGUAUUCAGACAUCUGUAUUUGUAGGGCUAAGUGUUGGCUUUGCAUGAAGGAGGGUGAAUUGGAUUGUUUCCCUUGACAUUGAGUGAUAUAUCUGCCGAUCUUUUACCUACAUCAUAUGCCUUGACAAAAUUUUAAUCUUCCAAUAUAUUUUCAUGAUGCAAAUGUAUGUGCCAUGAAUGUGUAUCAGGUCUGGUUGCUAUGACAACAUAUAGUGCCAGUAUUACACGUUAUUUAUGAAGUAGGUGCCUUGUCACCGGAAGAACUGUGAUAUUCUCGUGAUAUUAGUUUUUAUACAUGUAUAUUUGUACAGAAACAAUAAAUUUUGUAGUAUACUUUUGUAGAUAUGUAGUUAAUGAUAUAUAUGUAGUUUAUGAUAUAUAUGUAGUUAAUGAUAUAUAUGUAGUUUACACUGGUAGUUACAAUCUUACCUCCCCUUGUUAGGACAGCAGUCAUGUAGCACUUGCUAUCUGUCUCAGUGCUUCAUACAAGCUUUGAAAGCAGCAAAUAACAAAACAAAUAUUGUUUCAAUUAUCUAUAUAUUUAAUCUCUUUUUGACAAAUGAAAGACUUUCACAUCUGACAACACAUUUUUACAAGAUAGAAAUAAUUAAAUUUAUACAUUACAUUAUUAGUUUGUGGAUAAUUGGUUGAAAAACAUGACACAAAAUUUUUACACUCUAAUGCUGAUCCUCAGAAAAGGUGACUUUGUUCAAAAGAUUAUUGCUGUAUGUAGCACUCAUAGAUACCCUUCUGCUGCCCGACCCUGCUUCAUAACACUGUGGCUGUUUGUGACACUCAUCUUUGAGCAUUCAGCCAAGUUGUCUACAUGUAGCUGUGUGUCAUGGGUUGAACAUUCAGCCAAGUCGUCUACAUGUAGCUGUGUGUCAUGGGUUGAACAUUCCUUCAGCCUUCUGUGUUGCUAUAUAUAUUAUAUUUUUAGGUGAAUACAGCAUGAAAUUUGAAUUUGAUUGAUAUCUUUUUAUGAAUCUGUUUAUGUAUACAGAAGGCAAUUUGUGCAUGUGUCAGCAAGGUAUUCUUUGCUAUUGGUUUGAAAUGUCUGAAAAUGAACAAAAUUGUAAACAGUUUCUUAAUCUUACCUAUGACAUUACAAAUGUCUCUAAAUGUCAAUUUCCUGCAAUCAUGGAAGCAGUGGGACAGCUACAAGUGAAGGGCUCUUACACCACAGUACAUGCUCCUCUGUGUUCACUAUGGAGAGAAACAGGAUUUCUUUUGAAGUAAAUGUUAAAAUAUAUUUAUUAUUUAUGUUAUUUUUAUAUAUCAAAUAAAUGAGGAAAGAUA